AUGAUAUUUAGGGCCCAAUACUUAGCAAAGCUACAAAAUAAAAUUCUAGCCUUCAGCUAGAAACACAGAGCUGAAGCAUGCGAACACUAGUUUUGCUACGGCACCGUAGGUUCUUGCAAGCAAUACAUCAAACACUUGGUAGUGCCUCUUCUCUCAAGUUUCUUUCUUCUACAACAGCUGAUAACCUUGAAAGACAAAGUUCAGAGUCAGAACAACAAGAACCCAAAUGCUUAUCUUUGAGAAUUGAGAGACUCCCUAAAGGGGAAACUGUUGGGUUAGCAUUUAAAAGCUGGAUGGCUGAUGGAUUUCCCGUUCAUAGAGGCGAUAUUUUUCACGCCAUUAAUCGGUUGAGGAAACUUAAAUUGAAUAAACGAGCUCUUGAGGUGAUGGAAUGGAUAAUUAGGGAGAGACCGUAUCGGCCUAAAGAAUUAGACUACUCUUACCUAUUGGAAUUUACAACGAAACUCCACGGCAUAUCACGAGGCGAAAAACUAUUUAGUUGCGUCCCUCAGGAGUUUCAAAAUGAACUGCUCUACAACAAUCUUGUGAUAGCCUGCUUGGAUAAAGGCCUUAUAAGGCUUUCACUUGAGUACAUGAAGAAAAUGAGGGAAUUGAGACACCCUAUCUCAUACUUGGUUUUCAACCGUCUGAUAAUCCUCCAUUCAUCUCCGGGACGUAGGAAGACCAUCCCGAAAAUUCUAAAUCAAAUGAAGGCGGAUAAGGUGGUUCGACAUGUCUCCACCUACAAUAUUCUUAUGAAAAUAGAGGCUAAUGAGCACAACAUUGAAGGGUUAGUAAAGGUUUUCAAUGAUAUGAAGAAAGUAGAAGUUGAUCCGAAUGAGGUUUCUUACUGCAUUCUAGCUAUCGCACAUGCUGUGGCAAGGCUAUACACAGCAGCUGAAGCAUAUGUUGAGGCCGUUGAGGAGACUAUGACUGGGAAUAACUGGUCGACACUAGAUGUCCUAAUUAUAUUGUAUGGGUAUUUGGGGAAGGAGAAGGAACUGGGGAAAACUUGGGGCACCGUUCUAGAGUUCCCCCAUGUUCGGUCUAAAAGUUAUAUUCUGGCAAUUGAAGCAUAUGGUAGGAUAGGACAGGUAAGUCAAGCAGAAGAGCUUUGGUUACAAAUGAAGUCAGUAAAAGGGUUGAUAUCAACUGAGCAGUUCAAUUCAAUAAUAUCCGUAUACUGCAAACAUGGACUUCUCAGCAAAGCAACUGAGGUUUUCAGAGAAAUGAGGAUGAAUGGAUGCAAACCAAAUUCUAUUACCUUCCGACAACUUGCCCUGGGGUGCUUAAAAUCAGGAUCGGUGGAGGAAUGCUUGAAGAGUCUAGAUAUAGGUAUGAAUAUGACAACAAGCAACAAAGUUAGGUGUUCAACACCAUGGUUGGAGACCACCUAUUCGAUGAUAGAAAUUUUUGCUGAAAUAGGUGAUGUUAAGAAUGCUGAGAAGUUUUUUGUAGAGCUUAAAAGGGCCAACUAUUCUCGGUAUACCUUUGUGUACAAUACUUUGAUCAAGGCUUACGUGAAGGCCAAAAUCUACGAUUCUAAUCUUUUGAAAAGGAUGAUUCUUGGAGGGGCUAGGCCAGAUGCUGAAACCUAUAGCUUACUGAAACUUAGUGAACAGUUUCAAAGAUAAAAAUAAAGCAUGUAUCCUUGUGAUUUGUUAAUUGUAUCUAUUCUUUUCAGUUGAUCCUUCUCUAGAGAAAGAAUGUUUUGUAUAUUUAGUCCAAUUAUAAUGUCAUUUUGGAAAGUAAAUUCUGGACAAA